AUGGAAGCUGACGGUCGUCUAAAGGCCUACAAAUUUGUUGCCUAUACAGCAGUCACUUUGAGUGUUGUUGCUGUUUUCAGUGUUGUUGUGACACUUCCUAUGGUCUAUAAUUAUGUAGCACAUGUCCGAAGACAAAUGCAUCAUGAGAUUUCAUUCUGCAAGGGAUCUACUAAAGAUAUCUUUGUUGAAGUCGCACAUUUGAAAUCUCUUCCAGUCAACGGAGGAAACCGUACACGUCGUCAAGGUGGGUAUGGAGCUGAACCAGCUGUAAAUAAUGAACCAAAAGUUUCAUGUGAAGGAUGUUGUCUUCCAGGACUUCCUGGUCCACAAGGAGCACCAGGAAAACCAGGAAGACCAGGAAAACCAGGAGCUCCAGGACAACCAGGUACUCCAGGAAAACCACCACAAACUCCAUGUGAACCAGCUACUCCACCACCAUGUAAACCAUGUCCACAAGGGCCACCAGGACCACCAGGACCUCCAGGACCACCAGGAGACCCAGGUGAGCCAGGAUCACCAGGACGUUCAGGAGUUGAUGCUGCACCAGGAACUCCAGGACCAAGAGGACCACCAGGACCACAAGGUGAACAAGGACCACCAGGAGCACCAGGUGAACCAGGAAUUCCAGCUGUUUCUGAACCACUUGUACCAGGUGAACCAGGUGAAGUUGGAGAACCAGGACCACAAGGACCACCAGGACCUCCAGGAGCACCAGGAAAAGAUGGUCCACCAGGAGCUCCAGGACCUAAAGGAGCUCCAGGUCCAGAUGGACCACCAGGAGCUGAUGGAGCAAAUGGACCUCCAGGACCACCAGGACCAGCUGGAACACCAGGAGAGAAAGGAAUCUGUCCAAAAUACUGCGCUAUCGAUGGAGGAAUCUUCUUCGAAGACGGAACUCGCCGUUAA